UUUUUCGUUUGUUUGAAAAAUCAUCGAAUAUCAAUGUUCAAAUUGUUACUUUUGGUUAGUUUGGCCAUUAUGGCUUAUGGUUCUCAUUAUCAUGGCCAUCAUUAUGGUCAUCAUCACCAUCAUUCGGUACAUUUACCAGUUCAUUCAAGUCAUCAUGUUAAAUAUUAUCAUGUUCAUGGACAUCAUCAAAUACAUCCAAUUCAUGUUGAAGUCGAAGCACAUGCUGUACCAAUACAUAUGACAUUUAAAUCAAAAUCAUCACAUCUUUCAAUUGAUCAACAUCAUGAAAAUACUGGUGGAUCACAUAAAAUAUCACAUUCUGAAGAUGAACCACAUUACCUGAAACAUUAUGUAAAAAAACCAAUAUAUCAAGAAGUACAUGAAAUAAUAACACCAUAUAGAAAAAUUACACAAAAAAUUGAACCAGUUCAUGAAGAAAUUGAAACAUUGGUUGCGAAAAAACAUGGUUAUCAUCAUAAACAUCAUCAUUCGGUACAUUUACCUGUUAAAUCCAAGCAUCAUAUUAAAUAUUAUCAUUCGAAAUCUGAACAUCAUAUACAUCCAAUUCAUGUUAAGGUUGAUGCACAUGCCGUACCAAUACAUAUGGAUUUUGAAUCCAAAUCAUCACAUUUAAUGGUCGAUCAACAUCAUAAAAAUUCUGGUGGAUCACAUAAAAUAUCACAUUCAAAAGAUGAACCACAUUACCUGAAACAUUAUGUCGACAAACCUGUAUAUCAAGAAAUUCAUGAAAUAAUCAAACCAUAUAGAAAAAUUAUUCAGGAAAUCAAACCAGUACACGAAGAAAUUGAAACAAUUGUAGCCAAAAAACAUGAAGAUGAUGGUCAUCAUGAUGAUUAUCAUCACAAGAAAGAAGAAGAACAUAAAGAAUCAUAUGGAAAACAUGGUGAUGAUGAACAUUAUGCGAAAAAAUCCGGUUAUGAAUGCUAA